GCGCCGGGGUCCGCGCGCGUGAGCUCCGCCUCCCCCGUCGCCGCAUUCCUAUUUAAGCACCGCCGCGAUCACCGCCAUCUUCCUCACUCAUCCACCUCCCCGGCCGGUCUACUACUUCCUCGGUUCCUCCCACACAUUGCCUCGAGCUUGCCCACCUGUGAGUCUGUGACUGCCCCAAGGGCCUAGGUAGAUUGCCAAUCGACAUGGCGCGCAAGGUCUCGUGUCACUUGCUGGUGAUCGCCGUCGUCGCCGCGAGCCUCGCCGCGACGGCCCGGGCGGGAUGGAUCAGGGGCUCGGCGACGUUCUACGGCGGCGCCGACGCCUCCGGCACAAUGGGUGGCGCUUGCGGGUACGGCAACCUUUACUCGACGGGGUACGGGACGAACACGGCGGCGCUGAGCUCGUCGCUGUUCAACGACGGGGCGGCGUGCGGGGAGUGCUACCAGGUGAUGUGCGACCAGCAGAACAGCCAGUGGUGCCGGCCGGGCGUGACGGUGACCGUGACGGCGACCAACCUGUGCCCGCCGGACUGGUCCAAGGCCAGCAACAACGGCGGCUGGUGCAACCCGCCGCGGCAGCACUUCGACAUGGCGCAGCCGGCCUGGGAGAAGAUCGGCGUCUACCGCGGCGGGUACGUCCCGGUCAUGUACCAGAGGGUGUCAUGCUCCCGGAACGGCGGGGUGCGGUUCACCAUCAACGGCAACAACUACUUCGAGCUGGUCCUCAUCACCAACGUCGCCGGCCCGGGGUCGCUCAAGUCGGUGCAGAUCAGGGGCACCCGGACCGGGUGGAUCACCAUGUCCAGGAACUGGGGCGCCAACUGGCAGGCCAACAACUACCUCAACGGCCAGAGCAUCUCCUUCCGUGUCACCGCCACCAACGGCCAGACCAUCGAGUUCUGGGAGGUCGCGGGGUCCGGAUGGCGGUUCGGCCAGACCUUCACCAACGGCCAGAAUUUCUACUAGCGGCGGCGAUCCGGCCGGCGAGCCAUGCAUGCCGCCCGCCGCCGGCUCUCGCCCUGUUUUUCCCUUCAUUUUUGCAUCUGGAAACUUGCCAAAAAGAAGCAGGCCUUAUUUAGCGUCAUUGUGAUGGAAAUGUUAGUGGCUCGAUUAGCGUCUAGUAGAUCGCAUCCAUGCGUAAUGCGGUUGGCGUGGCAGAGGUGGGGUUCAUGGGUCUCCGGCCGUGUCAGUCCGUUUCCGGCCGGCCUGAUCGAGUGCCCGCCAUGCCUACUGCUUUACGGAUGAUUGUUGCUGGAGAAAAACCAAAAAGAAAAAAAAAGGAGUUGAUUCGUGGCGAGACUGCCUUUGCUUGGA